AACGCCAUCUUUUUUCCGCAAACAUUGUAAAAUUUUUUUUUGGCUUGGGUGUGUUCGCUGCUGCUGCGAAGAAAAACUGCAAUCUCACGGGCCAGCAGCUGUCUUACAUUGUAAAAUCACAGUACCAGACAACAGGUCUGCAUUUGGCGAGCCACUGACGAAGUCGGGACACGGGGCAGAAGGAGCGACAAGCAAGUGAAAGGAAGACACAAAUAUUCUCAGCAAGAUGCCACGCUAUCGGGAGUGGGACUUGGCCUGCAAGGUCUACGUUGGCAACCUGGGCUCCUCGGCCUCCAAGUACGAGAUUGAGAAUGCGUUUAGCAAGUAUGGGCCCUUGCGCAACGUCUGGGUGGCCCGCAAUCCGCCUGGCUUCGCCUUCGUCGAGUUCGAGGAUAGACGCGACGCCGAGGACGCAACCCGUGGCCUAGACGGCACCCGCUGCUGUGGCACCCGCAUCCGCGUGGAGAUGUCCUCGGGCCGUUCCCGCGAGGGACGCGGUGGUGGCGGCGGCGGAGGCGGAGGAGGUGGCGGCGGAGCGCGAGGCGGUGGCGGAGGCGGCGGUGGAGCCCGUGCUGGCGGUGGAACUCGAGCUGGCGACGGCGGUGGACGCUAUAGGAUAAAGUCUUCUUCUUCUACUACAACAAGCACAACAACAAUAAGAACAACAACAACAGCUACUACUACUACUACUAGAACUUCUACUACUCCUCUUCCUUCAACAACAACAACAACAGCUACUACAAGAACAACUUCACGUCUCACCACUACUACUACUAUUACUACCACCACCAGUACAACUGCAGAUCCUGCUCCUCCUAUUACACACAUUUCACCAACACCAAAACCACCAACGAAGCCAUGUGUAGUCAUAUUUUCGACAAUCAACAACAACUACACCUGCAGACGCAACUCGUUGUGUGGCUUUGGUCAGAUAUUCAACAAGUUCGAUAUAUUCCGCUGACCACACAAUACCAGAACCAAUCACCAAACGACCGAAACCGCAACACUAUGUUACAACAACAACACAACAAAAUCCAACACCAAUACCCCCACACCUUGAGCUCCGAAUCAGCAAUCAGCAAAUCAUCACAACCUCAGCUCGGCAACGUCUCCAGCUCUGCAGCUACUCGAACCAGAAUAGUGCACCCACAUCACAAACACAUAACACAAACCAGCAUCAUUCAUUAAUUCCCUUGUUAAAUUGGUGUGUCCAGAACCACUCCUCGUACCCGCGGAGGAAUCUUCACUCUUAGGGAUGCAUAAUAAUCAAAGAAACAAAGCACAAUGCAGCGCCAGAUUUUGUAUUCUAUUUUUAGUAGAUAUUCAGAACUUUGUUUCAUUUUACUUGGCCAACUGACAAAUGUUUCAUAAGCGCAAUAUUGUAUGCAGGCUGUUUUUAAUUAUCUGUUGGUUGUAUAUCUUAAAUGACAAUAUUUGGUAGUAUUUUCGAUUGUUAUAUUCUGCCUUCUGCAAAUUUAAAAUACAUAUAUUUUUCAGAAAAUAUUUGCUAGUAUUUUCGACUGUUAUAUUUUGCCUUCUGGAAGUUUAAAAUGCAUAUAUUUUUCAGAAAAUUGAAAAGUUACUUUAUAAAAUGUCAGCGGUAAUUGUAAUUAAAUAUUUAAAUAGCUAAAUGAUCAUUGUGCAUUUUAGGAGUUGAGAGAACUCUCAUCCCUAACCAUUCCUCAUCUUCAAGUUCCCAGAAAACACAUGCCUUCAAGUCACACAAUUAACAAUCUUACACUAAUCACCAAAGAACAACUGCGUCCUCGACAUCAGCGGCAACAGAGCAACUCCAUAACCGUAAUGGCCAAACUCCAUCAACAAUCUAACUCCAAAUCUCUGCAUACUCAUAUAUGUAUUAUAUAUAUAGAAUAAUAUAUAUUUAUACACUCACCACUUGGGCAACGCUUCAAUAAGUCAACUUCCAACGCCUCCAAGAUCUUCGGCUGUGUCUUCCGGCUGACUCGAACUCGAACUCGAAGCCAGCCAGCUUCUUCUUCGUCCACCGAAUCUCUUCCGUCCCCAACAAACAACCAAUCAGCCAAGCCACCAACCAAAACCACCAAACAACCAACCAACCAACCAACCACCUCAUCACUCGUCAUCUCUAGUGCAGCUACAGCAUCAGCAACCAGCUUCAGCUACGGCUACAAAGAGCAACAGCAGCAACAGCUACUCCAGUGCAACAGCAGGCAGGCAGGCAGCCGACAGGCAGGAACCAGCAAACAGUGUUGGAUGGGACUGAAUCCCUAGGGCUUUGGCCCCAUCCUUGAUCUCUUGUUGGUUCCACCACACCCAGUAGUUGCACCUUUCCCUUGAAAUCAAUCAAGAUUGAGGAUGCUUUUACGCUAAUAUACCUUCAAUCACAGCAAGUAUGAAACCUUUCGCAGAGCCCGUUUGUUCCCUUAACAAAUCAAAACUUUAAAAACUUGAAGAAAGCGGGGAAACGAAACGAAAACGUAACGUAAUCGUAAUCGUAAAUGUCUCUAACCAAAUCCGUUUCUUAUUUUUUCUAUUUAUGGUUUCUGCUAAUGUUUUUUUGUCUUUCGUUCUUGUAUCCUAACACCUACUGAGAUAAUGUUGUUAAAGCUAACUGUCUGCUCUACAUAAUAUAUAUAUAUGAUAUACACUAUAUAUAUGUAUAAUUUAUGUACUACUUGUGUGUGCAUUGACUUAAAGUCUGACUCUUCACCAACGAACCAAUUAAGAAAAGAAACAACAGACCGACCAACCAAGCAAGCACCAGAAUCAGCAGCAGGCAGGGUCCUCUUCGAGACUUCGUUUCCGUCUUCAUCUCAGGCUCCACAAGUCGCGGAUGGUAGGAGCACCACCGACCACCGACCACCAACCACAACCACAAUUACCACCACCAACCUGCUCCCUUCUUGCUGCUAACUGAUGCUUUACCCACAACUGCUUCUUCAUCUCCGAACCUCGUUCUUCAGCUGCUGCAACUGCAAUAAUGCGGAACGAAACAGAGAUCUAAAAGAGUCACCAAAGAAUAAAAAUAAAACUACACACACCAACCAAAACCACCAACAGCCACAACAAAACACCACCUUAGUCACAGUCAAUCAGCUCAGUAUCAGUAUCGUAUCAACUGUCCAAACUACAACUCAACAACAACAACAACCUACUAUUACUACAACUCAACUACUACAACUCAACAACAAGAACAACAGUCUUCUCAGUCUGCUCUGCUCAUCAACCAACUAAGCAACCAACCAACCAACCAACCAACCAA